AACUGAUCACCCUUAUCUCUUGUGAAGGAAAAACAGUGUAACCAAGCAGUAAACAACCGUCUCCGAAAUAAUAGAUUGCUGAUUCGGAACUCACUGUUUAGUCUAUCGAUAUUGUCAAGUCAUUCCACAGUGACAUACUUGGUGGGCACAUAAGAAUAGAGUUCAAUGUGUCUUUUUUUGUUUCAUUCGAGUUCGCAGCACCUACGAAAGAAAAUACUGGUUAAGGUGAAUAAAUUUCAUCACCGAACACACCUCAAGCUGUGUUAUGUCACCAUUCAACAGUAGCUGUAGAAGAUACGUUUCUGCAUGACGCUACAUCGUCCAAGCAAAAGACAUCAAAGCACAGUUGUAAUAACAAUUAUCGGUCAGCGCCUUUAUUUAUGGAUUGAAUGUUAUCCAGUGAACAGUUAGUGUUUCGUGCUAUUGAGAGUUGCAGCGUUUCAAAAUGUGGUCAAAGUGUUGUAUGCUGGUGUUGUUUCUUCACAUCAUCACCGAAGUGCCAGGAGCCAAUGGUGCUCGAAUUCUUGGCAUGUUUCCUUUGAAUGGCAAAAGCCAUUUUGCCAUGUUCGAAGUCGUUAUGAAGAGCCUUGCAGAUCGAGGGCACAGGGUCGACGUCCUGAGCACUUUUCCUCUAAAGAAACCGUACCCCAAUUAUACGGACUUGAGUAUAGGAGAGUGGGUUCCAGUGAUUGUGAACAACAUGAACUACGACCUCGUACUAGAAAUUUCCGGCUCCUCGGAAAAAGCCUUCAUCGAACUCACGGGCAACGAUGUUUGCGAUAAUCUGAAGCUACCUCCUCUGCAAAAACUUAUCAACAACCCUCCCGAUGAUCCUCCCUACGAUUUGGUGAUAGUCGAGUUGUUUUAUGCCAACUGUUACCUCGCCUUCGGAAGACACCUCAACGUUCCAGUCGUAGGACUGACCUCGUCCCCAUUGCUUCCGUAUACCAACGAGCCUAUAGGAAAUCCUCUGAACACUGCCUACGUCCCCGAAAUCGAAGAUGGUUCCGUAUCUCAUAUGAAGUUUUGGCAAAGACUGAAGAAUACCAUCGUGACGUGGAUGAAAAUCUUGCAAAGUAGGUACUUUACAGAGAGUCAAGAUGAGGCCGUACGCAAGUACUUUCACCUCGACAUGCCUGGCAUCAGACAACUAGAACGAGAGCUGGCCUUGCUACUGGUCAACUCCCAUUACAGCGUGAAUGGCAUCAGACCAAUGACCCCGGCGGUUGUCGAAGUAGGAGGACUUCAUGUAAAAAACGACAGUACGGAGUUGCCCAAGGAGUUGAAGAAGUGGCUAGACGAAAGUGAAAAGGGCUGUAUCUACGUAUCCUUCGGCUCCAUGGUUACGAUUGAAUCUUUCCCGGAGAAAACUCUUCUGGAAAUCUAUACAGCGUUCAAAAAAAUCGCUCCCAUUCGGGUGCUGAUGAAGGUGGCGAACGCGAAAUCUUUACCGCCUGGUCUCCCCUCUAAUGUAUUGACAUCGAAUUGGGUGCCACAAGUACAAGUUCUAAGACAUAUGAAUAUCAAGGCUUUCGUCACUCACGGCGGUUUGAUGGGAGUCCAGGAAGCCGUGACAUAUGGCGUACCCUUAAUUGGUGUUCCUCUGUUCCGCGAUCAGCCAGUGAACAUAAAAAAUUGCGCGGAUAAAGGUGCCGCGAUCAUGUUGGAUCACACAGAUCUAACGGCAGAUAAAAUCGUGGCGAGUGUUAAUGCGGUCGCUCACGAUCCAAGCUACAAGCAAAAUAUGAUGAUGUUGUCUGAACGGUUCUUGGAUCGACCCAUGAACGCGAGAGAAACAACUAUAUACUGGAUCGAGUACAUUUUGAAGCAUGGGGGUGAUGCUUUAAGGUCCCCAGCAGUCAAAUUGACGUGGUGGCAGGUGACUCUGCUUGAUGUUUACGGAAGCGUACUAGCUGCACUAUUCGUCUUAUUUUACACAGCCAAGCUGAUCCUGUCGGCUAUCUGUCGUCGGUUCUUAUACAGAAAUAGGACCACGCCGCCAACUAAGAAGAGGAAUUGAACUUGGAAUAGGAUGUGCAGAUGUGACCUAUUUCAAAUUGUUAACUGAUAACCAGAAAUUUAAUUAGGACGAUCAAGGAAGAAUUACA